GGUCUGCACGGUGGGGACUCUGGCGAAUGAAUGGGGUUUUUUCAACAGCAGUGCAAGAAAUCUCACUUUUGACACUGGCACUAUAAACCAGCAUAAUGAGCAGUCGACGACUGGAGAGAUUUGUUGCUUUUUGGACAUUAAUUUUCAUAAGGAUAGUUACUGGGCUUGCUGGAGAGGGAAGAUCUGUGUGGAAAAAGGACCCCCACUUCAGCCCUGUGAGUGAAACACAGAUGUUUUUGUAUGACACUUUCCCCAAAGAGUUUCUCUGGGGUGUAGGGACAGGGGCUUUCCAGGUUGAAGGCAGCUGGAGGAAGGACGGGAAAGGCUCCUCCAUCUGGGACCGAUUCAUCCACUCGGAGUUCAGGGCUGCUGACAGCACAGAUGCCUUCAGUGACAGUUACACCUUGUUGGACAAAGACUUGUCUGCUCUGGAUUUUUUAGGUGUUACUUUUUACCAGUUUUCAAUUUCAUGGUCAAGGCUUUUUCCCACUGGAGUGGUAGCAGCUCCCAAUGAAAAAGGACUCCAGUAUUAUAACACCCUUAUUGACUCUCUACUCUACAGAAACAUUGACCCCGUGGUUACACUGUACCACUGGGACCUGCCCUUAAUGCUGCAGGACAAAUAUGGGGGAUGGAAAAACGAAUCAGUAAUUGAUAUCUUCAAUGACUAUGCCACCUUUUGCUUCCAGACCUUUGGGGAUCGUGUUAAAUAUUGGAUUACAAUCCACAAUCCAUAUUUAGUUGCCUGGCAUGGGUAUGGCACAGGUAUUCAUGCUCCUGGAGAGAAAGGGAAAAUAACAACCGUCUACUCUGUAGGACACAAUUUGAUCAAGGCUCAUGCAAAAGUUUGGCAUAACUACAAAAACCACUUUCAACCAUAUCAGAAGGGGAUGAUGUCCAUAGUACUAGGAUCCCACUGGAUCGAACCUAACAAAUCGGAAGAUGCUUUGGACAUUGCAAAAUGUCAGCAGUCUAUGGAGAGAGUUCUCGGAUGGUUUGCUAAACCCAUCCAUGGGGACGGCGAUUAUCCAGAAGAACUGAAAAAUGAAUUCUCGUUUUUGCCACGCUUUACUGAGGAUGAAAAAAACUACAUAAAGGGAACAGCUGACUUCUUUGCAUUUUCCUUCGGUCCUAAUAACUUUAAACCUCCAAACACUCUACCAAAAAUGGGACAAAAUUUGUCACUCAAUUUGAGGGAAGUACUGAACUGGAUUAAACUGGAAUACAACAGCCCUCGAAUCUUGAUUGCAGAGAAUGGCUGGUUCACUGACAGCCAUGUGAAAACAGAUGACACCACAGCCAUCUACAUGAUGAAAAACUUCAUUAAUAAGGUUUUACAAGCUAUCAAAUACGACAACAUAGAUGUGUUUGGUUACACAGCCUGGUCACUCCUUGAUGGCUUUGAAUGGCAACAUGCUUACAACAUCAGGCGCGGAUUGUUUUAUGUAGAUUUCAAAAGCGAAAAAAAGGAAAGGAUUCCCAAGUCAUCUGCACUUCAUUAUAAACAAAUCAUACAAGAAAAUGGCUUCUUCCCAAAGGAGUCUACUCCGAGCUUGCAAGCUCAGUUCUCAUGUGACUUCUCCUGGGGUAUCACCGAGUCUGUUCUCAAGGCAGAAUCUGUGGCUUCCUCACCACAGUUCUGUGAUUCCAGCCUGUACCUCUGGAACAUCACAGGAGACGGGCUCCUGCACAAAGUCAAGGGGGUGAAGCUAAAAACCCGACCAGCACAGUGCACAGAUUUUGUCAGUAUUAAAAAGCAACUUGACCUCCUGGAAAAGAUGAAAGUCACCCAUUACAGAUUUGCACUUGACUGGUCACUCAUUUUACCCAAUGGAGAUUUGUCAGUGGUCAACAGGCAAGUUCUUCGGUAUUACAGAUGCGUGAUCAGCGAAGUACUGAAACUCAAUGUUCAAUCCAUGGUCACCUUGUAUUAUCCAACUCACGCCUACCUGGGCCUGCCAGGUCCUUUGCUGCAGGCAGGAGGAUGGUUGAACCAGUCUACUGCCUAUGCUUUUCAAGACUAUGCAGCUCUAUGUUUUCGGGAACUUGGUGAUUUGGUUAAACUUUGGAUUACAAUAAACGAGCCUAACCGGCUAAGUGAUGUCUACAACAGGAGCAGCAAUGACACAUACCAGGCAGCACACAAUUUAUUAAUAGCACAUGCCAUGGCCUGGAGAAUAUACGAUGAGCAGUACCGGUCCUUUCAGUAUGGCAAAGUGUCCCUGUCCCUGCAUUCGGACUGGGCUGAGCCUGCCAACCCCUACUCUGAAUCCCAUUCAGAAGCUGCCAACAGGUUUCUUCAGUUUGAAAUAGGCUGGUUUGCCAAUCCCAUAUUUAAAACUGGGGACUAUCCAGCUACUAUGAGGGAAUACAUCAGCUUUAAAAACAGAAAUGGCCUUUCAUACUCUUUGUUGCCAUCGUUCACAAGUGAGGAAAAGCAGCUCAUCAAAGGUGCAGCUGACUUCUAUGCACUGAAUCAUUUCACCACCAGGUUUGUGGUUCAUGAACCUCAGAAUGGGAGCCAGUAUGAAUUUGAUCGUGACAUUCAAUUUCUGCAAGAUAUCACCUGCCUGAGCUCCCCUUCUCGUCUGGCAGUGGUGCCUUGGGGACUGCGCAAAGUUCUCAGGUGGAUUAAAAACACCUACGGCGACAUCGAUAUUUACAUCACAGCAAACGGAAUAGAUGACCAGUCCUUAGACAAUGAUGAACUUCGAAAUUAUUACCUGGGAAAAUAUGUACAAGAGGUUUUAAAAGCAUACUACAUUGAUAAAGUCAGGAUUAAAGGCUACUAUGCAUUUAAGAUGACUGAAGAAAAAUCUAAGCCCAGAUUUGGAUUCUUCACUUCGGAUUCAAAGGGGAAGCCUUCAGUAAAAUUUUACAAUAACCUGAUAAGCAACAACGGCUUUCCUGCUGACUAUUCAGCCUGCAAUCCCUCCCGCCAAGAAAAGCAGUGUAGCUUCUGCUUGUUCAUCUCUCAGAAGAAGCCAUUGAUAUUCUUUACCUGCUGCCUUUUCUCUACCCUUAUCUUGCUUUUAACCAUUAUUUUUUUUCACAAAAGAAAAAGAAGAAAACGUUUUAAGGCAGAAACCAUCUGGUGAAUCCGUGUUUCAUUCUAAAAAGAGGGCACAAGCCCCCUUUCAGUGAGAUCUGUCACUGUUUGCACUCUACAGAGGACAAUGCAGAUCAGACAACUGUGGAAAAGUACCUCGUGAGUCACUCCAGUCAUACACACCAAGCAUUUUGUUCAGAAGUGUGCACACAGGAAGAAGUCCUAUGAUGACAUUUGUUCCCAGUGAAAUUUCCUUUAUCCACCUACUCUACAGAGAAGAUAAAUUUGUCUAUUUAAAAAAAGGAAAGAACAUUUUAUGACUCUCCUGUGCCUCGGAAUAACCUUUCAAACAGUUUGACUUGAAAAGAGAUAUUAAGCUGUGAGAACUGAUACGCACUUUUCUAUGAACCUCUGGACUAAAGCGCCUUGUGAUGUGUAUUCACGUGAUAAAUGUUGCUGAGCAUGAAACUGCAGUUGUUAAGAGUUUACAAAUAAAAGUGUUAUUAAAGCCCACAAGCUUUCAGCUAACUGCAGCACCAAGAGUGAAAUGUCCUGGGCCAGCUUCUGACAAUACCUCUAAAGGAACAAAAUCAAGUUAACUCUGUUACCGACCAGUGUACCCGUAUCUCUUACAUAUUGGGUGAAGCAGAGAUCAGAUUAUUAACAUUUUAAGCAAAUGUAACUGGACCCACACGGGACAAGUCCAAAUAAUCCAGUUACUAUUUUUCAUCUCCAAAACAGGGCAGCCGUAAAAAUUUUUACUAGCACAGGCCAUAAAAAUAAAUAGUAACUAUUAAUCCACUG